UCAACAUUCCACAGCACAGAAAAAUUUGCUGUAGAUUACCGUUUUUCCAACUUGUUUCCUUCCUCUACCACUUCCUUCUCUGUUCCUCUUGUUUCUUGUUUCUCACGCGUUUGCCUUAUUUUUAAAACUAGAAAUGUCAUCUCUCUCCCUCUUUCCUCUCAUUUUGGACAAAAUCUAAUUUCAUAAAUCCUGUCCAAAACUUCUCCCUCCCUCCCUCCACCCCCUCUCCUCCUCCCACCAUGAACCAUCAUCACCGACGUGAGUCCUUCUCGGUGACUAUCUCUAACAUGGGAGGUGGUUCCACGGUGCUUUGUCCUAACACCGACCUUCUCUGGCCAUUCGGGAAGCUCAACGGUCUUGAACCUGAUGAUAUCCGUGAGACGGCGUACGAGAUCUUCUUCACGGCUUGUAGGUCUUCACCAGGGUUUGGAGGUAAGACUGCUCUCACGUUCUACUCUACGCACAACAACAACGACAAUCAUGGAGAAGGAGGAGGAGGAGGAGGAGGAUCAAAUGGUGGUGGGUCUGGUUCAGGGUUUGGGUUUUCAGGGAGGAAAGAGGUGGUGACAACCCCUACAAGCCGGGUUAAACGGGCUUUAGGGUUGAAGAUGCUUAAAAGGUCACCGUCUAGGCGGAUGUCUACGAUAGGAGUGGCUGGAGGAGCAGGGGUAAACUCAUUGUCACCCGGUGGUGGAAGUGGCUCAGGACAUAUUAGCCCCGGAGCUGGAUUCUUGACGGUCCAGCCUACUCGGCCUAGAAGACCGUUAACUUCGGCUGAGAUCAUGAGGCAACAAAUGAGGGUGACAGAGCAGAGUGAUAGCCGGCUUAGAAAAACCUUGUUGAGAACGCUUGUUGGUCAAACGGGUAGACGAGCAGAGACGAUCAUCUUACCGUUAGAGCUUCUCCGACACUUGAAAACAUCAGAGUUCGGUGAUGGUCCCGAGUACCAGCUCUGGCAACGAAGACAACUCAAAGUUCUUGAAGCUGGUCUUCUCCUACACCCUUCGAUUCCUCUAGACAAAACCAACAACUACGCAAUGCGUUUAAGAGAAAUCGUUAGACAGAGCGAGAACAAACCCAUCGACACAAGCAAAACCUCAGACACGAUGAGAACACUAUGCAACGUAGUCGUGUCUUUAGCUUGGCGCAGCACUAAUGGAAACCCAUCAGAUGUUUGUCACUGGGCUGAUGGUUUCCCUCUCAACAUCCAUCUCUACGUUGCAUUGUUGCAAUCGAUAUUCGAUGUUAGGGAUGAGACGUUGGUGCUCGAUGAGAUCGAUGAGAUGCUUGAGCUAAUGAAGAAAACUUGGUCAACACUAGGGAUCACAAGACCGGUGCAUAAUCUAUGUUUCACUUGGGUUUUGUUUCAUCAAUAUGUAGUAACGUCACAAAUGGAACCAGACUUGCUAGGUGCGUCUCAUGCUAUGCUGGCUGAAGUUGCUAAUGACGCUAAGAAACUUGACCGUGAAGCUCUCUAUGUAAAACUACUGACCUCAGUAUUAGCCUCUAUGCAAGGAUGGACCGAGAAAAGAUUGUUAAGCUACCAUGACUAUUUCCAAAGAGGCAAUGUGGGGUUGAUAGAGAAUCUUCUCCCAUUGGCGUUAUCAUCUUCAAGAAUCUUGGGAGAGGAUGUGACAAUCUCUCAAGGGAAAGGCGAUGUUAAGUUAAUUGAUUAUUCAGGAGACCGUGUUGAUUAUUACAUAAGAGCGUCUAUUAAAACCGCAUUUUCCAAGGUGAUAGAGAACACAAAAGCUAAAAUCCUAGCAACAGAGGAAGGAGAAGAAGCUGCUGCAACACUAUUGCAUCUAGCAAAGGAAACAGAGGAGUUAGCGUUAAGGGAACGUGAAUGUUUCAGUCCAAUACUCAAAAGAUGGCACUCAGUUGCUGCUGGUGUUGCCUCUGUGUCGCUUCACCAAUGCUAUGGCUCGAUCUUGAUGCAGUAUUUGGCAGGGAGAUCUUUUAUCUCAAGAGAUACUGUUGAGGUUUUGCAAACGGCAGGGAAGCUAGAGAAGGUUUUGGUGCAGAUGGUUGCUGAAGAUUCAGAAGAAUUCGAUGACGGUGGAAAAGGGCUGGUUCAAGAAAUGGUUCCUUAUGAAGUUGAUUCGAUUAUAUUGCGGCUUUUGAGGCAAUGGAUUGAAGAGAAUCUAAAAAGAGUUCAAGAAUGUUUGUUUAGAGCAAAAGAAACUGAAACAUGGAACCCUAAGUCCAAAUCAGAACCUUAUGCACAAUCUGCAGGAGAGUUGAUGAAGCUAGCCAAGGAAAUAAUAGAUGAGUUCUUUGAAAUCCCUAUUGGGAUUACAGAGGAUCUAGUUCAUGAUCUUGUUGAAGGAUUAGAACAACUUUUCCAAGAAUACACUACAUUUGUUGCAUCUUGUGGUUCGAGACAGAGUUACAUUCCUACAUUACCUCCUCUUACAAGAUGCAACAGAGAUUCAGGAUUCCUUAAACUAUGGAAGAGAGCUACACUCUGUACCGCCGUCAGAGAAGAUUUCAGCCACGUUGCACCAGCGUUAUCCGACGGCCACCAUGCACGCCCAUCCACAAGCCGCGGGACGCAACGUCUUUACAUUCGUCUCAACACGCUACACUUCCUAAGCUCACACAUCCACUCACUGAACAAAACACUCUCCCUAAACCCGAGGGUACUUCCCGCAACUCGAAAACGUUACCGCCACCGAAGCAACAACUCUUCAUCUUACUUCGACUUCACCUACGCUGGCAUCGAAUCCGCUUGCCAGCACGUGUCAGAAGUCGCGGCUUACAGACUAAUCUUCCUCGACUCGAACUCUGUUCUCUACGAGAGUCUUUACGUAGGAGAAGUCGCGAACACGAGGAUCAGACCGGCUUUGCGGGUCAUGAAACAGAACUUAACGCUAAUGUCAGCGAUUCUUGCGGACCGAGCUCAAGCGUUAGCGAUGAGGGAGGUUAUGAAGUCGUCUUUCGAAGCGUUCUUGAUGGUUUUACUCGCUGGAGGGUUUUCGAGAGUGUUUUACAGAUCGGAUCAUAGUUUGAUCGAGGAAGAUUUCGAGAGCUUGAAGAGGGUUUUUUGCACUUGUGGUGAAGGGUUGAUACCUGAGGAUAUUGUUGAUAGAGAUGCGGAGAGUGUGGAAGGAGUGAUUCAGCUGAUGAGUCAACCUACGGAGCAGCUUAUGGAAGAUUUUAGCAUCGUGACGUGCGAAACAAGUGGGAUGGGGAUGGUUGGGUCAAGACAGAAGCUUCCGAUGCCUCCGACUACGGGAAGGUGGAACCGGUCGGAUCCGAACACUAUCUUGAGGGUUCUUUGUCAUAGAAACGACCGUGUUGCUAACCAGUUUCUUAAGAAGUCGUUUCAAUUGCCUAAAAGGAGGUGAGAACUUGAAAAUGGAAAAAAAAAGAGAGAAAAAAAAAAGAAUUCAACUCUAAGAAGCAAAAAAUGUUUGUGUUGGUGAGAGGUGAAUUUGAAUUGUUGUGUCAAGAUCUUCAAACUAUGAUUUUCGGAUAAUUUGUAAUAAUUUAUUUAUUUUUGUUUUAUUAUUGUUACAGAGUUUGAAGAGUCACAAGGGUUUGUGUGUUAUUUCGUAUGAAUAUUUGUUGAUUGUU